GACCACCUCUGCGAUCUCCCAGCUGUUGAUGGACAAAACACUGCUUGGCCACACACCUGGGCGACGUACUGAAUGUUGUGCGGUUUCUUCCAAUGAAACGAAAGUCGAUGAAGGGGAUGAAACGCCUGAAGCUGAUGACUUCGAAGGUCGAACUAAUACUGGCAACGUUUGCCCAACAACACUUCCAAAGAUUUCAAUGAGUGUAUCUAAUGAAGACGGAUCCACAGCACAGAGGAUACAAUGGAAUACGUCUUCGACCUACCCGGACGAGUGUCGUAUUAAAUAUCAGUUAGUACGCACCUUACAAACCGGAUCAGAAGAGGAAAUGAUACAAGAUGUGGAGCCAAAUGGAUACAUGAUCACGAAAAACCUCGCGCCGCGUACGGUGUACAAAUAUAUCUUGAGAAUUUCUCGCAAAGUCAAGGGAAAGCGUGUUAAAACUGAGGCAAAAAAGUCGAUGCAAACACAUAAUAGCGAGACGAUGAUCUCGGUGAAAAAAACUGAGUGGGAAGGUGAUUUACUUCGUGUGGAAUGUUCAAAGUUGUUGCCCGGUAAUGGUGUUCGUAUCACUGUAACGAGCGAGGCGGAUCCAGGUGUUGUCCACAGAUCUUACAAGCAGCAGGCAGUUUUACUCCCUGUUCCACCGUGCCAAGACUACCUUGUCAAAGCUGAGUUAACAAAUGGGAAGGAUGUGAUUCAUUCUUCGGUGCCAAAGGCUAUUUCGGCAAGAUAUCCUGUCAUUGAUGCACCAAGGAAUCUUGUUAUCAAAGCUGUGCCACAUGUGCUUGCACAUCGAAUUACCUGGAAUCCACCGUUGCUGUCCGAACCUACUUGUUCUGAGAUGUCCUACAGCUUGGAACAAAUUGUUCAGGAUGGAACCACGGAGCGCAAGACGUUUUUCACAUUAUUAACACCGGAAAAAACAAUAAUGGAUCUGAUUCCGAAUACAGUGUACCAGUACAAAGUAAAAGCAAUUCUAAAUGCAGUGUAUGAAGGACCGUCCUCAGAAGCGGAGCAAAUCAUAACACCACCAGUACCUUCGAAACCGACGGAACCCAACGUUUCUUGGACAGAUACGGGGCUGUUGAUAGAUUGGACGGAUAAGCUAAAUGCUGUAGAACAAAUAGAGAGGGUGAAAAUUCUACACUCAACUGGAACACACCUUGUCCAGCACGACGAAGAAGCAACUGCCCAGCGUGCGACGCUCGAUGUUCAGAGUAUUCAGUGCAAAUCACGCGUUCUGUAUGCUGUUGAAAAUGCCGCUGGAAAGUCCGAAUUCAUUUCCCUCACCAUCCCAACACAGCUUCCCUUACCCGUUCCUGGAGGAUUGCGAGUGAAGCCCGAGUCAAAUAGCUUGGCACACUGGGUUAUCUGGGAUCCCGUUAAAACUGGAUGUGAAGUACACUAUCGUGUCGUCAGCAUGACUAAUGGACGACAGAUAACACAUUCCGAGACAAGGCAAACGAAUGUUUUCAUCAAAGAUGCAGCACCGGGAGAAGUGUAUACCUACGCCGUUCAGACUGUGGGUACUGACAAGCAAACUAGUGUCCUCUCAACAACCGCGACAUUUAGAACACCCCAGGCUACAAAAAUGGAAGUUAAGAUGAAAGGCAGGGUUACAAAUGGAGGCAUCAGUGUCAAUUGGGAACAUCCAGGAAGCAAAAUGGAUAGUUACUCCCAUGUUGUAUUCAUUGUGAAGGAGAGAACCCAGGAAUCUUUGUUUAAUCAUCCGUUUGGUCAAUACAGUAUCGUCCUUCCAACCAAAUAUAAAACGGGACCUGUGAAAUUAUACGCAGCCGUCCAAAAUGCGGCCGGGCUAUCUCCGUUUAGGAAAGUGACGCUACGAAACAAGAAGAUACGAGAAGGUGGACGCUGAGCAACUAAACGCAACAUAUUGGAAAUCCCAGCAUUUUAUACCUGUUCCAUUUUUCACAUUUUGCAGCUCCACAAUUUCUGUGCACUCAUUCGACUGCAAAAUAUCUAGUAAAAUGCAGGUUUUGCCAAUACCAAAACGCGCUGAAUUUCGUGAAGCGGUGUUUUUAAAACACUCGAAUCCUGUCUAACUUUAUUGGUUCUACUCCUCUAUUAGUGUUUCAUGCAAAAUGCUAGCUCUUUGAUCUGUAUUCCAAACCAAAGUAUUCCGAACUGGAAUGCCUAAGAAGACCAUUGUGCAUUAUUCAUUUCCCGGGUAAAGUGUACAAUUGGUUUUCAUUUCUUCAAGAACGCCUGCUAUUCGAGACUGCCAGAUUUCCUUGUGGUGUCUCGUUUGGACUGAUUGCUGGACUGAGUCGGAUGAAUAUUUUUUUUAAAAAACUUGCCUCUUGUUAGCAGCGUGAGGUAAAUUUUUCCCAUCUAUCCUCUUUGCGUGCACCCUGGAGAAAAUGUUAAACUAUUUUGGUGUUUGCGUCUUUCAAAUUAGCUUGCUGUGCUACUUUCGAGGUUUCAAUGAUCUGCUCGCAAAUUCACUGGUUUCUAUGGCGCAUAUUGUGGUUGGUUACUUAUACAUUUGGGCGUUUCCGG